UUUGUGUGGAGUCUGUUAUUUACGGCCGUGCGCUGUGACGUGUUUCUGUCAGAGCUGAGUGUCGGUGUGUCGCUGCUCUUUAGUCCUCACCUUCGGUCUUAAACUCUGACCCGGGGGCGGCUCUCAGACCACAGGUGGAACCAGACUCGGCUGUCCCCUCUAGUUCGGCUCAGGAUGCAGAAGCUGGUGCUGUUCUGUGUUUCGGUGGCUUUUUUCGCCCGUGUUCAGAGCGCUCUUCCUCCACCAUGUGACAGGUGAGAUUCAUGUUUGUGAAAGUGUUAAAGUUUGGAGGGUUUUCUGCUUUUUCUUCUUCCCUGUGUACCGUUAUGAACUUUGUCCAACAAACGGCGCUCUGACAGCUCUGCUGAAGGGGUCCUGAAAGAAAGCGUCUCUGUAAAUGUUGAAUUUGUCCUCCUACAGAAGCUUAAAAACAGAUUUUUUCACUAUAUAAGUGUCUCUGUCAGCAGACCUUUACCCUCUCUUUCUCAGUCCAGUGAAAUUAACAUGGUUUUAUUGCUUUCCUCUGUAACAGGACAUGUUUGUUGGCCUGUUACACAAACAGCCUUUUACCUCGUCGUCUGAUUAAUAAUUUACAACUCUCUAAAUAUGUUUCAGUCAGAUUUACUGCACUGGGCCCAUCCUGCACCAGGUGCAGAAAGCCCGGCUGUUUGAUGAUGACAAAGAGUUUGUUGACAUGAAGCUGAGAGAAAGUCCUGGUGAGUCCAAAGUCCCAGAAUCACAUUUCCCCCUUUAGGUGGGAACUUUGUUUUUCUGAUGGUGUGUUUCCCCUCCUGCAGAUGUCGUUCUGUCCGCGUUUCAAAACCUCUCCAGUGAAUUUGGGACCAUCCCUCCUGCCAAACUGCAGGAGUUCCUCGAUAUGUACUUUGAGAAACCGGGGACGGAGUUUGAGGAGUGGAUCCCAACAGACUGGCACGACAAGUGAGAACUAAAACACUUCGCUCAGGAGAAUCAAAACUUUACCAUCUCAGAAUAUCAGAAUAUCAUAAAACACCAAUUCAAAUAAAGGAUCCAUAAAACAGGGAUGGAGGCUCUCAGUUCUUGGUCAGGGCCCAGAUCAGGGGUGUUACUGAAGUCCGUCUUGCUCUGAUGGCUCCUUCAGGUCUUGUCUGGUGUCUCUCAUCCUCCUCUUUAUGGUACCCCAGAGAUCCUCUACAGGGGUUCAGGUCUAUGAAGGAGCAUUAGGGCCACAUGAAGAGAGAAAAAGUAAUUAAGGGAAGGAGAUUUAAGUCGAAAUUUUGAGUUUAAUUUCAAGAUUGAGCUUGAAACUUCAAGAGUUAAGUGGAAAUUUCAAGAUUUAAAAAAUUAAAAUUAUGUCAAAGUUGAAAUUUCAAGAUAAAAAAUGAAUUUUGAGAUUAAAGUCAAAAUUAAAAGAUUAUAAAAUGUCAAAAUUUUGAGGUUAAAACAAUGAAAAUUUAGAGAUCAAAGUCUAAAUUUAAAUUUUAUUCUUUUAAAUUUGAAUUUUUUUUAUUUAAAAAUUUUGACUUUAUUCCUGACAUGGAAAUUAAAAAAAUCUCUCUCCUGUAAUUUAUUUUUUCUCUCCUUUUUUCCCUAAUCCUCUUCUGUGGCCAAUCAAGCACAGUCAGCAAACCAGUUUCUGGUGGUUUUGGCGCCGUUGGCAGGAAAUCUGUGUCUCCAUAAAGAGUCACAGCAGAUCUAAAAUAAGUGGAGUGAUUUUUGAGCUGCUCUUGUUGAAAUCUGACUUUAAUCUUCGUUUGUUCUGAGUUUACGUGUUUUUGAUCCAUGCAGCCCAAAGUUCCUGGGAGGAAUCGCAGACCUGCAACUACGAAAGUGGGCGGAGAAGAUCCAUCAGCUGUGGAAAUCCCUCGGAAGAAAGGUGCUGGAAAAAACAGAGUUAAUCUGCUGUUUUAACAGUUUACUGAGAGUUUGAAUAAUCACUUUUUUCAGCACCUCUAGUGUUUGAGAUAAUCUAGACUCAGAUAGUCGUCUGAUGGUAGUGGAACAUGGCGUACAGGUUUGCAUGCUGCAGGACAACAGCAUGGCUCUGCAGUAGAAGGGUCCUGGUUCUCUUAUUGACCUGCAACUUAUCGAUUAAAAAUAUUUUGCACAUUAUGAGACUGAAAAAAACACGACAAACUACGGCAACUAUAAAUCUUUAAUUGAGCAAAGAUGAGACAAGAUUUAAUGAAGUUUCACAAAACCUCCAAACUGCCUAUGAAGACGUCAGUUCAUCACUUUUUGUUUCUAAGCCCCUGCAUACGACUUUAAUGACUCUAAAAUCUGUGCUUUUCAUCAGUAAUUAAUUUACGAGUCAAAAUGAUCUUCAUUUAACCAUCACGUCUUUUCUGCUGAAGCUCCUUUUGUAGUUUCCCGUGUUUUAAAAUCCUCCAGAUUUGUCUUCCAGAUCCGCUCCGACGUCAAAGAUCAGCCGGAGCUCUACUCGCAGAUCUACACCCCUCACCCUGUGAUUGUGCCGGGGGGUCGCUUCAGGGAGCUCUACUAUUGGUGAGCGAGUGACGAAGCCCGUCUGUCUCUGAGCUGUCUGUUCAUGAACCUCAUUAUGUCACGCUGAGGUGAGAGAGUGAUGUGAUCCGCUCUCUCUCUCUCCAACAGGGACUCCUACUGGGUCAUCAACGGGCUCCUGCUGUCAGAGAUGACACAGACGGCCCACGGGAUGAUUCAGAACUUCCUCUACCUCAUCAACAGGUGAGCUGAACCGCAACAGAAAACCGUCCCGCUCUGAUUCUUCUGCGUUCAUUGUGCAUAAGAAGCUUUCAGAAGAGUAAAAGAUCUCCUCGAUCACUCCUGCAGAUAUGGCUUUAUUCCAAACGGCGGCAGGAUUUACUACGAGAGGAGAAGUCAGCCUCCAUUCCUCACUCUAAUGGUGGAGAGUUACUAUCAAGCCACCAAGGAUAAAGAGUUCCUCAGGUGAUAUUUAGGUCUGAGCUCAUGUCCUGCCAAAGUCAGACACAUUAUCAUUCCUCAGCCGUCCGUUUGCUGCUGCUGCAGAGGAAAAGCCUCGGUCUCUCUCUCGGCCUCUCUGGUGGACCGUUUUUCCAAACACCCCGACAUGUUUGUGUGAGAAUUCAAAAGGAUGUAAAACUGUGUGAAUUUCAUUGUUUUUGUUGCACAAUCCAGAGCAGCUUUAGCGCCUCUGGAGCGGGAGUAUCAGUUCUGGAUGCAGAACCGCUCUGUGGCUGUGAGCGCCAACGGGACGGAGUACAAACUGAACCGCUAUUAUGUGGAAGUGGACCUCCCCAGGUAGGCCCGAAACAUCCCCGUCCAUAUACAGGUGCAGCUCAAAAACAGAGGAAUCCACUAACAAUGAUGGAUGUUAGGGCUGUCCCCAUACGAUAUAGAUAUCAGAUAUUGGUCCGAUAUCAGUCAAUAAACAAAUAUCGGAUUAUAUUGACCUGCAUCUAAAAUCUCCGAUAUCAGCAGUCCAUUCCAGACUCAACUCCGACACCUCUACCAUGCAGAGCCCACGUAAUCACAACAACAGUGUGUACUAAUGCUGCGUUCCAGUUACCUCAGAAGUCAGAUGUACAAGCUGGGAAUGACGUCACACCCGAGUUCCCAGAGUUUCAGUUGCGAAGUCGGAAAAAAGCGAAAUCGUAAACAAGAUUGCUACAUCUACGAAUGUUAUUUUAGCGCUUGCCUUGUCGGAAUAUAAGUAACUUCUGGACAAAUAUGCGGACCUUCUUCCUUCUCCAACAUCUUGUUUCCGAAUCCGAUUUUGCUUUUUUCCGACUUGGUGACUGAAACACUGGGAACUCAGGUGUGUGACGUCAUUUUCAGCUCGGACAUCUGAUUUCCGAGGAAACUCGAACGCAGCAUAGGGUACAAAAAAGUUGCAAGGAGUAGGAGUGAUGUCGGCCCUGAGGCAGUAUUUUUCGAUAAAGUCUGAAAAAGACGUUACAGCUGAGUGAAAAACUUGUCAGGCACAAGUUCGUAAAUAUCGGAUCGAUAUCCGUACCAGCUGAUACUGUAUCGUAUCAGAAGUAAAAAAGUUGUAUCGGGACAUAGACAUAGACAAGGAAGUAUAAAAGUUUCCCUUUUUGAAUUUAAAUUUGGGGGAAAAAACAAACUUUUUUCAGGAGUUUGUUAAUUUUUGAGCUGCACCUGUCCGACAAACGUAGAUCUGAGUGUGACGUGAACUUUCACCUAAAAUAAACGCGUCUCUUUUUUCCCAUCAGGCCUGAAUCGUACACAGAUGAUCUGGAAUUAGCCGAAGGACUCUCCGACGGUGAGGGGUUAUUAGAGUUCAUGAAUAUUUAUGAGCGUGAGAAAUAUUACCCUGCUCAUAAACGUCCGUUUUUAUUACAUAACAGAGAGGGAGAGAAAAUGAAAAUUCAUAAUUACUUCUCAGCAGAAAAUUAGAAUAAACUCCCCUGGAUUCAAGGAUCAGCUGGACUUUAGUGUUUUUAUGAAUAUUUAAUGUGAAACAGACGAACUAUCUGACCGCAGGUUCUUAAGAAGCUGCUGUUACAGGUGAUAAAAUACUUAAUCUUAGAGAAUAUUCAUAGAAAUACACAAACAGACGUCUCUGAGUCUGCAAACUUUAUUGACUUAUGGUCUGUUUGUAAGAGACAGACACGGUACACAGAGAUAAACCAGGAACAGCUGUUUGAUGCGAGUCUGAUGGUGUAGAAAGAAGCAAACAUGAAGAAGUGAAGAGUUUGAACAAAAGUGAACAAAUCAAAGAUAAGACAGAAACCAAAUAAAUCAAACCGAUCCUGACUCGUCUUUUUGUCUUUCACAGUAAAAUGUUUCUGUCUUAGAAAAAAGGCCGUUUCUCCAGCUCGCUGUCAGCUCACGGCGGUUUCAGGCGUCAAUAUUAACCACAGAGAAACUCUCGGCCUCGUUGCUGUUGGUCUCGUUUGUUUCUGAAGGUCAUAAAGAGGCAAAAAUCUCAGUUUCAGCUUCUUUAUUUGAACCUGUUAAAACUCCUCUCAGUGUUUUUAAGAUGCUGCAGGAGCGACGUCCGAGAAUUCGGAGGCCUGAUUGUAGAUUCAUCCACAUCCUUCUGAAAAACAGACAUGAAUAAGUGAGCGAAUCCCGGUCUGUCGUGGCUCUUCUGAAUUCAUGAUCUGUUUCUCGCCUCAGAGGAAAAGCAGCAGCUGUGGAUGGAUCUGAAAGCGGGUGCAGAGUCUGGCUGGGACUUUACAUCCCGCUGGUACAUAGACAGUGACGGCCACAACAACAACAGCACCCUGGGCGCCACUCGCACCAGCGCCAUCGUGCCGACUGACCUCAACGCUCUGCUGUGCCUCUGCGAGAAAACUCUGGCUUCGUUUCACAGCAUCCUGGGUGAGUGCAGGAGCGGCCUCUGACCUUGGUGCUAACUUUGGACCGCGCUCCGCUUUUAGCUCCGCGCUGGUGUUACAUAACGGUGAUGUGUUGUUUGCCGACAGGUGAUGGUGACUCAGCCGCGCGGUACGAGGAGGCUGCAGCCCGCAGACUGCAGGCGAUAGAGGCCGUGCUGUGGGAUGCUGAGAGGGGAGCCUGGUUCGACUUCAACCUGGAGACAAACUCCAGUAACGUUCAGUUCUACCCGUCCAACCUGGCACCUGUCUGGGCUCAGUGUUACUCCAGGUCUGAGAUGGCGGAGAAGGCUGUACAGUAUCUGAAGGUGGGUGAAGAUCAGAUUCAGUCGUUUGGUUCAGACAGAAGAUAAAAAAAAGAAGAUAAAAAACACAAAUGAGCGUCAGAAGAACCACAGUUGGUGUCUCUGUGUGUUUAAGUCUGAGCAGGAGAAAGAUUUAUCCCUCUGACUUCAUAUUAAUGUGGAAAAAAGACUAAAAAAGUGAUUUUUCUCACUCUGUCAAAACGGUUUAAGUGGACUAUUUAUUAACCAUGAAGUGGAUCGUCCAGCUUUAAAACUGUUAUGUCUGUUUGGCUAAUGGUUGUACAAAAUAAUAGACCCUGAGUGUUUGUGUGGGGUUAGAUAUGAUGGAUGGUACUGUUUCCAUAGCAACAGCACUUUCUCCUCAGCCUUCUUGCAGGUUGAAUUAACAUGGAUCUUAACUGGAGGUUGACCAAUAAGAUCCGAGACCGAUAACAGUUUGAUGGAGAAAUAACAGCAGAACUUCUUUGAAUCCUUCACUGGUGGAAUUUAUGUGUUUUCUUCAAUUUGGUUGAUGUCUUUCACCCGGUUCCUAAAGUCCCACUCCGAUCUUUUUUUAUUUUUAACCUUUUUUAAGUUACCUGUGUCAUUUUUAAGGACUUUCCUCCUGCAGAGCUCCAGUAGCUCAUUAGCAAUUCACCUCAGAGCCGUGGGCGGAGACAGCGCCACUCCGCACACUCCUCUUCACGCUAACUUACAGCCUAACAUUGACGGUGUAGUAGAAGAAGCAGGUAACAUAGGAGCUAUUCAGCUCUCAGACACUAAUGUCUUUAGGGACAUGAUGAAAGUUAAUAUUAUAAUUAGCUUUCGGAAAACCAAGAUGGAUGCCUGCUGUUAGCUGUUGUUUACAACUGUUAGCUGUCGUUAGCUGUUAGCAGUUGUUGUUGUUAGCGGUUUUCUUUACUCUUUUGCAUGAUCGAUUUGAUGUGAGGUGUGUUAUUCGGUUGCCUUGACGAUUCAGAAAUAACAAAUGUUUUGAAAGGGUUUUGACCAAUCAGAAUCAAGUAUUGAAGACAGCUGACUGAUCAGACAAUAACGUCCAAAACAAUGAAGUUUUACAAUUUUUAAUCACAUGCAUGUUUGUUGUUUGUAAUGUUUAAACACAUUAGGACAUGGCGAGUAUUAUUAAUCUCUGAUAAAUAAAGUGACCGUGAAGAGUUUGAUUAUGUCGUUUCUGUGUCGUAAUCAUAAACACGGUUAUCUGAAUGAGGUGAUAAACCUGGAGGAUGUUUUUGGUUCAUGUCAGCAGCUGUGCACAGCCGUUAAAUCUCUCCUCCUGCAGCUCACAGGCUUGUUUUUAUCUGCCUAAGCAUAAAUACAAUAAAACUUAAAAGGACAGAGAUUUAUUUAAUUUGACUCAAAGAUGGCACCCUCUUGUUUUGCAUUAAUUUCACAGCGGGAUAUCUGUCAGUGUAGAUAGGGGCUUCAUGCAGAUACAGCCAAUCAAAUCUCGCUCUCAGCGGCUACGUCAGAGUUUUAUUUUAGGCCGAGCAGACGGUCACACUGAGCCAGACAGACAGAAGCAGCUCCUCCAAACGACAGCUCACAUCAGCCCAGCUGCUCCGCUCUCCUCUGGACUCUAAAACACACGUGAAGUCCCAAAUCUGAGCCGCCGAACCAAAGUGCAGACGGAGGACGCUCAUGUAAAAAACAUGGGAACAUAUCUGCAAAGGUCACUUAGCUCCGGUUCGACGCUUUUGUGCUGCUUUUUUCUCCAAUACCAUGAACAGCGUGAUGUCUGUCCACAGAAAGGCCACAACACCGUUUUUAAUAUAUAUUCUUGUUUAUUUCAGUGUAAACAGCUCAAAAAAAGACAAAAACAGCAUGUCUGAAAUCUGCUCAAAACCUCUUUUAGUGAUGAAAACAGAAAGAAGUAAAAAUAGUCGCUCAUUAUCCUUGAACCCACAGAGAAAGCUGUUUUUUUGGGGGGAGGCGGGGGCUUUAGGAGCUGUUUUCUUUUCCUCCAGCAGAUGGCACUCACGUCCUUCACUGAUGUCCCCCCUUCACUCCUCACUCCUCUGUUUGCUCUUUCUCUCACGUCUGCACAGAAAAGCGGCGCUCUCCGGUUCCCCAACGGCGUCCCCACGUCUCUGAGGAACUCUGGGCAGCAGUGGGACUAUCCCAACGCGUGGCCUCCUCUGCAGCACAUGCUCAUCGAGGGUGGGUGGUGGAUUUCCUGAAACCUGCUCUGAUGAAUCACAUCAUGAUCCACAUUUAGUUCCUGAAACUGCACACCCCCUUUUUAGUAUCGCCUUGCUUUCGCUCUGCACUCCAGCUCAUGAAUUUUUGAUGCAUUAAAGCAGGUUAAACUCCUGACCUUCACGUGUAUCUUGAGGGUGUUUACACCCGCGCCGUUAAAGGAGCCUUUAAAACCGAACAAAAGAUCUGUCAGGAUUGGGCUGAACGGCGUUACGUGUAACCUUGGGGGUCUAACCAACAUGAAAAACCCUCUUUUAGAAUAUUUAAGGAGCUCGCCUUUGUUUUUAAAUCACCUUAAACGCCACCUCUGAUUUCUCAGCACAUUAUCCUCAGCUGUCAGUCUGCAGAGAAGUGUGACAGCGUUGGCAGGAACAUGAACCACAGCGCCGGGGUGUGGAUGGUCUACGCUUAUUAAAACACAGCAAAAGGGGAAACAAGCAAAAGAUGUAUAAAGUUUUCAUGUUUAAAAUCUUCAAGUUACCUGAUAAACAACAAAAACUCCUGAGCUGAAUAUAAACUUUUAAUCUCUUCAAUCUUUUUUCUAUUUAUCACCAGUUUACAGCGAACGUUAUCCCAGAAGGCUGAAAAAAAAAGAGCUUGUCCAGUUCAAACCUUUUAUUAUAUUUACAAAGAGCCGAAAUCAAGAAAAGACUGAAUCUGAUCCCAGCUUUAAGUAUUUAUCAGGUUACAGUGAAGAGAAGAGAGGAAGUUCCUUCAACAGGCAGAAACCUCGAGCAGAACCAGACUGAUGUUAGACUGAGACUGAGCUGGGUUUAGAGAGAGACGAACCAAACAAAGACUCAAUGUAGGGCUGCACGAUUAAUCGAUUUUAAAUCAUAAUCAAAUUAUUUGAUUUUGAUGAUGUUAAAAAAAUUAAAAUCCUCAAAUCGAUUUUCCUCUCUAUCAUGUCUCUUGCGCCUCCAGGCCACCAUAGGCUGCCCAGUUCCCACACACACCAGUGUAAACAACAUGGCGUUUGCAAAAGAAGGCGAUAAUUUCGUGGUUAAAUAGAACAAGAGAGAGUCAGUCGUGUGGAAUUGGUACGACUUCACAGUUUCAGAUGAAGAGUAAACCACUCCCCGCUGUAAAGUCUGUCUGAAGGCGGUAUCAACCCGUCACCACGGAAACUAAUUCAGGAGGAAACGCUAAAGUUUUUUGUCAUAUCGGCGUUUCAGGUGACUGUAAACGGUACUUUUUGAAAACGGGUCAGAGAGUGAAUAAAUCUGUAAACGACGACCAUUUCAUCUCCGUGUGGAUGUCUAUCUGCAUCUCUGGAAACAAUCAUGUGACACACAGAGUAACUCUUUUAUGGCGCCAAAACAACCUUUAUACACAUGCUCUGUACUCUUCUUCUGUCUUUGGUGCAUUUCCUGUGCAGCGUUACAGCGCCACUUACUGGCUUGGUAUAUGCACGACAUCGUUUUCAGUGGUUUUGUUUUGAGAGAUGAUAGAGAAACUUUUAUUAAAGUGAAGUUUGGUGAAGUUGUCACUGAAUAAAAAAUCGACAAUCCAAUUUUCAGAGAAAAAAAUCUGGAUUUUAUUUUUGGCCAAAAUCAUGCAGCCCUAUAUUCAAAGUUAAUGACACAGUGACAGAUAAAUGUGACCUCUCCCUCUGGAGUUCUGGUCCAGGCCUGACCCUGAAGAUCUCUGUAGGUCUGAAGGAUCCUAAAUUUGACAGGAAGUGCUGCAGAGAAACUGAUCCAGCAGAGAUGUUCUCUUCUUCCUGUUGGAUCUGCAGUGUUUUUAAAACCAGCAGGAGAGUCUUUAAAGACUAAAGAAACCGUGACCUUUCCACACACACACACACACACACACACACACACACACACACACACACACACACACACACACACACACACUGAGCGUUGGUGUGACUUAUGUAAACUCAGAGUGUUUCCUACUUUUGAAUUCAGUCUGCCCACACACCGGUUCAAACAUGUCAUUAAUUCAUACCUUUGCCUGCAGCUUCCUCAAAGAGCGUCUCAGGUUCGUUGAAUGAUCGGAGUCAUCUCGUCUUUUCAGGUUUAUCCAAACUUCCCUCUGAGGAAGCUCAAGAGCUAGCUUUUGAUUUGGCGCAGCGUUGGAUCAAGACAAACUGGUUGGCGUACACCAAGUAUGACGCCAUGUUUGAAAAGGUGAGUCCUCCGAGGUCGCCGUGAUUCCAGCUCGUGUUGUGCGGCGAUAACACACGCGGCUCUGAAUGUGUGGUUUUUCCUCCUCCUGACAGUACGACGUGGAAGGAGACGGCAAACCCGGCGGUGGAGGGGAAUAUGAAGUUCAGGUAUUUUCCUCCGUGUGUGUUGAGGGUGUAAAACUAAUGAGCUUAGAGUCAGACGUCUUUCUAAUUUCAUGCAGAACAGAGUCGAUUCUCAAUACUUGACUUCUUCUGCUUCUGAACUUGAACACAUUUGCAUGCUUCUACGCACACAAACUCCCACUCCGCUUCACUUCUUUGUCACUUUAUGACUUGUUUUUGCUUUAAUUUCCUUCCUUCUUAAGCUGUUUUUUAUUUCUUUACCUUUUUACAUUUUUUUAUGACUUUGCUGCAGAACUAAGAAAAUAAAAACUAUUCUGGGCUGUCGCUCCUGUGUUAACUUUGUUUAUUAUUUAUUUUCUCAGCUGGGAUUUGGUUGGACCAACGGCGUGGCCCUGCAGCUCCUGGACCAUUACGGUGCGAAUCUGACCUCAGGGACCGGACGCGUGUUUGCUUCCCUCUUGCCGCCUCUGGUCAUCUCAGCUGCCCGCAUGCUCCACUGAAUCAGAGGUGACAAAAGAGCCUGACUGGAGGCUGGAUUUAUUUUUCGUGUUUUCACCGCCUUAAAUCUCUCCUGUCCCCCUCCAGACCUCAGACAAACACAGACUGACUUUUCAAAUCCCACCAAAAUGUUUAAAUAUUAAGACGGUUUGAUGUUCCUCUAAAUCCCAUGUGAUCACUCAGAAGAAACGUUUACGAUGACUCGGAGUUCCUUGGAUGAAUAUUUUAGUAUUUUUCCUCCGAGGUAAAUAAUCUUUAACAUCCAAAGCUGCAGCAUGAACUUGUGCCAGAUACUAAACUGACAUUUCAAACAGUUUUAUACUUAAUUUAAUCUCAAGGUUUAUUCCUGCACUCGCCUUUACUCUGUCGAUUUGCAUGCAAACUCAAUCUGUAAACAAAAUCGUAUGAGAAAUAAAAUAUCUGGGGAGGCCAUAAAUAAUUCAAACAUUGCACUUCUUGUUACGUCUGAUGACUCAUGAAGCUUCUCUACGUUUUCAAAACUCAUAUCAAGUUUAAUACGGGGAUGGAUUCCUGCUCAUUAUCAGCGCAGAGCUUAUCUUAAAUGUAAUAUCUCAGUCUUCAGCCUUCAGCUGGAAAAGCUGCUGAAACUAUGACUCAAAUGUUGCACUUUCAAUUAAGUCGGCGCCGAAAGUGAGCAGGAAUUUAUUACUUCCUUAUCUGCACGAGCCAAAUGCCCAUUAAAUAACACUUAAAGGAACACUGAGCGGCGUACGGCAGGUGGAGACGGGACAUGACAUCUGUACGUCCGGUUAAACGAGUGAAUAAUCGCCUGGAUAUAGAAAUCGACAGGAAGUAGACCGCUGAGUUUGUACAGCAGCUCUGAAUGGACAAACAAGAAACAUUCACUUUUCUGUAUUAAGAGAGUCGCUGUAAAAAAUGCGCAAAAGAGGGAAGAGAGAAAACAGUUACUUACUUACUUAGUAUGCCUUAUUUCCUCUACUAAAAAGAAGGCUUUUAUUUUGAAAUGAAGCAUAUCCCACUUAUAGGAGAUAUUAUAGAUAGACCUACCUGUUUUCCAGCUGCUUCAAGAACAUUCUUCAGUCUCUCCUCUCUCUCUCUAAACCCUGAGCUCAGUCUCAGCAGAUGACGGUCUAACAUCAGUCUGGUUCUGCUCGAGGUUUCUGCCUGUUAAAGGAAGUUCUUCCUCUCUGCUGUAACUCGAUAAAUUCUGUGAAGUUCUGAAGAUGGAGUGGGAGUGGGUCUGAUUAGGGGUAUCCUGAUACAACUGUUAGACUUCCGAUACGAUACCCAUAUUGAUUCGAUAUUCGCUCAAAAUUGUGUCAAGAGCUUUUCACUCAGCUGCAACAUUUUUUUCUGACCGAUAUUUGAUAUCAAUAUCGUAUCUGGACACGCCUAGGUCUGAUCUCUACGUUGGGUCUCUGUAAACAGAGUCUAGACCAGCUUUUCCUGGUGUCCAUCAAUAGUGAUUUGUUGUAGGGCUGGGCGAUAAAUCAAAAAUUUACCAAUACUGAAAUUUACGGCAAUAACUGACGUCAUUUUGCCAGAAUCGGUGUAUUCAGUAUAAAGAAAAUAAAUAAAUCAAAGUUGUUUUUGGAUGUGUGUAGGUUGGCUAGGUUGCAGUCUGUAACAAAGAGGGAAAGACGGGGGAGGAAGUGGAGGACGGUUCAGAAGUUGGAGCGGCUGAAUUUAAUGUGGGAGGGGCUGAGCAGCUUGUGGAGUAGUUAUCGUCCAUUUAUUGUUAUCAAGGUGAACUGAUCAAUAUAUCCUGAUAUUGAUUUAAGACCAUGUCACCCAGCCCUAAUUGUGUCCGCUGUAGUAUUAAUGGAUAUCUAUGAUGGUAAAAUCCUGACACAUGGAGGAUCAUACUGAGUCUGUAUCUCAGAGGUUUCUUGACCUUCACUUCAUUGAUUGACUUUUAGAUAUACUCAUUUUUACGUACUGCACCUUUAAGACGACAUUAAAUCAUAUUAGAUCAUUUCUGAUUCAGUCAAUGUCAAUGAAAUAAUUUCCUCCUCAGUUAUGAAUAUCAAUGCUGCCAAUUUUCCCAGAAUUCCCUGAAGCACUGACUCUUUAAUGGAAUACGACUCUGACUCCAUAGAAACAGAAUAAUAACAGAGACUGAGUUUAGAUUAUUCUAGUUUCUUUUUUAACAUCUUUAUGAUGGAGACAUAUAAAGUUAUUGGUUUUGUAAUCUCCCUUUAAUCCAGUCUGAACAUCAACAGGAUGAAAAAUAAAAAAAAGCCAAAAGGCAGAAAAACUUCAUAGUAAAUAUUUCACAGACGUCCCGUUAAUCCAAACAGAGACAAAGUAAAGUCGACGUUUUUUUUUGGUGACAUUUCUGAUUGUUCCAGGCAAGUCAUUCUGUCUUUUUCCCAUUUCUGCUUACAUCUCUGCUGACAUGCAGGUCAAGCAUGAAAUUAAGUCUAUACAGAUAUUCAAAUGGCUGUUAAAAAAAAAAAGUAAUGAGAAAUCUGCUUCCUUAAAAAGAAAUUGCAUCCCUCUUGGCUGCGAGGAUAUGAGGUCUGGCUGGGAUUUCGCCGCCUCUCUCUCCUUAGCAUGAGUGCACACAACAGAUUGACUCUGCAACUUAAAUAGGCAAAAGGCCAAUAGGUGCAGCGGCCCGUGCAACCUCCAAGAUCACAUCUCCGUAACGCAUCAUUGUGAUUCCCCAUCUAUGUGUCUUUACCUCCCUCGUGAACGUGUGACACCCAGCAGCGAGCGUCGCACCGCCUUUAGAGCGGUUUAGCAGCAGCAGUCAUUAUGUUUUCAGAUGGCGGGAACUCGACCACAACCUGCUCCUUCUGAUAACUCUCACAUUACUAUGCCGAUUUAGCACAAAUGUGUUGUGUUCGCUUAAUGAGAUCGAGCCUUAAAGUGAAGGAGGGAGCUGUCCGGCAGUUAAGUGGCGAUGAGGUGAAACUACAGCGUGUUUGAGUUUGAGCGUGCAUGUGUGCGUGCGCGGUGCGAGUCCUUUAAUUACACAGAUGUGAGGACGUUUCUCUGAGGAGCACGUUUCAUGGGCGGUCCGUGAAUUACAGAGCAGCUCUGACAAGUGCAUUACACGUUGUUGUGGAAAUAAAGGUCAGCGCGUCUUGUAGUCACCACUCAUCCAGAAAACUGCCACAGCAUACAAACAAGCAGGAGCGUACGAACCGGAGUGAGUCCAGGAGGGCUUCACAGGCUGAGUCCAGCAGACACACACAGUCUCAGAGGAUGAAGUGAAGUGCAGCAGACAUAAAACCUUCAGGAGGAUCAGCGUGUUGGUUUCUCCACAAUCACCAGAUAAUAGGAGUCCUUCUCACAGAGCGAGAACCUUAGAAAACAUCUCGACCAGGAAGACUUCAGAACAGUGUAGGAGGACAGGAGAGAUCGCUCUGUUCUGAUCGGGUCCAGUCCAGACCUCUCAGAUAUACAGAGUCUGUCCUGUGGAGACAUGAGGAACACUCAGACUGACCAAUCCUCAUGAUUUUUACACAAGAGCAUGAAGUUCAUCACAGGAGAUCUUCUGGACCCAGAUCCUGAGCUCACACUGGAGUGGCCAUUUUCCUGGUUGUCGUCACCGACCUUUAGAGUAAGGGUUGUUUUAAUGAGAGUUUUUCCUAUUAAUCAAUUAAUUAAGAACAUGAAGAUUAGAGAGCACAGGCAGGCAGGGCUGAAACGAUUCCUCGAGUACCGAAUGAUGAGAGGGGCUUUCCUUCUGCAGAGCUCCAGUAGCUCAUUAGUAAUUUGCCUCUGAGUCGUGGGCGCUGCUCUGCACACUCCUCGCGGACACUUGUGUCUUUGGGGACGUGAUGAAAGUUAAUAUCAUAAUUAGCUUCACAAUCCGCUAACGCACACACAUGUUUCGCGAUUGUCCUGUCUACUUUUCAGAGUCUGGCCUUCAUAGUGGGGCUCCGGGGGCGGAGCUUAGAUUUGUGACAUAGGAAAUCUCAUUGUAUAGGGUAUAGGGUUAGAGUGAAGAGUGAUUGAAGAUAAUGUAUUAGUAUAAUGAUCUAAUAAAUACAACAGACUAUAGGGGCCACAUUAAGAAAAAAAACAUGUUUAUAAUUUUCGAGAUUACUUAUGAGAAUAAAGUAAUAAAUUCAUGUAAAGGAGGAGAGUUGUUCAAAUAAGGGCUGUGGAGCAUUGAGAUCAGUUGUACUUCAGUAUAGGUUUCACAAACAUGGAGAUACUUAAUCCUUUGGUACAUCAGCAUUACACUGUCAUGAGUAUCAGAACUUAAAAAGAAUAUGAGAAAUGCAUCAGAAAAUAACAGAUGGACUUUAAGGGAAUCGCUGCUUUUGUGGAGGUAAAAGGCUGGAAAUGGCUGUAGAGGCUAAAUCCGUCAAUACAGCUGUUAAUAGUAAUAGAAUAGAGCUUUAAUUUAUCAUAUGAGUUUAUAUGCAAUGAGAUGUUGAGGCCUCUACAGUUGUGGGUUACUAACUUGUAAUCAUCGGGUCUUCUUUUGUAGUUUGGCUAAAUAUCAAAAAUCUACCCGGAUACAACAAUGCUACUUUAUUUGAUUGGCUUGCAGGUGGCACACAGCCUCUGAACUCGCAGGGAACUCGCUUGAUUCCUACCUGUGUAUAUUGUAGAAAGCUUUAUUUUUUUCUUCUCCCUUUUCUAAUUUUUUUCUUAAUUAUUACAUUUAUUUAAGUUCUUAUCAUUAGGACCCUUAUUGUUAUAACUGCAUUUUUGCACUUUUUGUCUUGUCUGUGAUGCUGCUGUGACAAAAAAAUUUCCCCCAUGGGGGAUCAAUAAAGGAAUAUUCUAUUCUAUUCUAUUCUACCUGUUCCACUGUAAAAAAGGUGCAACUCGGGGGACGUCACCGCGGUAACUUAAAUGUGUGAGAAAUACGAUGUGUGGCGUGUGAAUAGGUGGGAGUUCUUACUUGUGGAGCAGCAAACUGAGACAACAGGAUCUCCAGCAGUGAUUAUUAAUGAACAGAAUGAAGAGAACUUCCUGGUACACACAGGUAAUAAAGGUGUGCAGGUAUGUGACUUAUUUGCCUGAUUUUCAAGUCUCUAGUUUUUCAGUCACACUGAGGUUUACAUCCAUAUUUUCAAACGGACACGGCGUGUUUCAAAGUCGCCCUCUUGAGAAAAGGAUGCAGGAUGAUGUGAGGAAUCUCAUCAAGCAGCAGCAGCAGCAGAAAUGGAGUGGAGGAUAACAAUAGAGGUGGAUCUGUGUGUCUGAGUGCCUGUGUGGCUGCAGCAGAGGCCUGCGCUUCAUUACAGUUCCCUGCCUUCACUCGCCCCUGCAGCACACAUCACAAAGAUGCUCAUUAUCCGCUGAGUCCUCGCGGUGCCGCUGAGGCCCCGCUGCAGGAGCCGCGCUCUGCACUCGCUCUGCACUGCCUGGAUAAUCCCCACAGCCUGUGAAGACCCACGGUGAGGAUGUGAAGGAAGCUGCCCGUCCGUCCUCUGAUGGAGAUCCACGGAGUCAGAGACGGCUUCCUCUGAGUCUUACACAACGAGCUCUGAUCAAUAAGUCAUUGAAGGAUCACGCCUCCUCUCCUCUCUGAGAUAUUUACCUAAUUAUGACCCAGACCUAAAUGACAUAGAUCUGGUUCGUCUCUUGCUUAGCGGCUAAACUGUUUGACAAUCACAGAAACUCCUUGACCUCUAAACUGGAAGGAUUGGCUAACUGCAGGCAUUAUUCGGAUAGAUAUGAGAUAGCUUAGUCAUAUUGAUCCUGCGCUGUCCGGAGAUAUCAACUGGCUUUUCAUAAUCGAUAACUCUUGAGGAAUCAUUCUCAUGGAGUUUCUCCUGCUAAAGAGGAGAAUUUAAAAUCCAAUCUAGUGGACGGAUGAACCAUCAGUGAGUGAGAAUGUGAUACUGUCUCAGCUGAUCAGAAACCCUCGAACCGGAGGCUGAGAGGAAUCUCAAAGAGGAGAAACGGAUGAAGAGAGAUCCACCUUGUUUAUGCCGUUUCUGACGUUCUCCUCCAUGAUACCGUCAAGAGAGAUUCUGGCCUCAUGUAUGGACCUGUUUUUCACGGUUAGGAGCCUCGACUCCCACAUGAACAAACUCAACAUGGAGUCGAGAAGAUUUUGUACUAAUUCUGUAAAAUCUGGUGUUUCCAGAGUUGAUUAUCCUUAAACUGCACUAAUUGGAGGAUUAAGCGGAUCCAUGUUGUAGUAAGGCGGUUAUCUUGAUCACUGUAUAUGGUGGUACAGCCUGAAGGAGAUAUUAGAUAUUAAUAGACAAAUAUAGAGAUCCUCUUUUUCUCUCACAUCCUUCAGUUUUAAUCUGUUUAACUGGAAAGAGUCCAGAUUUUGUACAUCUGUCCGACCUCUCAGAGGCUGUUUUUCUUCUUAUUCCAUAUCCCUCCUCCUGUCAGAAACAUUCACGUCUGUUGCUCAGACGUGCCACAGUGAGGCGGUAGAGCUCUUUCAUGCAUUAAAUUUAAUUCUUUGUGUUUUUACAGAAGCAGCAGCACAGCGUCUGGCCUGCUGAUGGAGAGAGAGCUCUUACCAAACGGUUAAAGAAAAGCAGAAAUCACACUCUUGUUGCGUUUGAACCAUAUCCAAGAGAAUCACACGCAAUAUUUCACACAGAUUUUUCCAUUAUGCAGCCGGGUGGGAUGUCAGUGUGAAGACCGGCCCAGAUCGAUAGUUUUUUCUGUUUGGGAGGACCUGACAGAUCUUCAGCUGCACUCUCUGCACUGUGAGAGGGAGGGUUUUGUUUUUGUGGGAGUAAUUGGGAGCGAUCACGCUUCUUGAAUACGCCUCAGAGCCAGCUCGUGUGAGGUUAUCAUCACAUGCAUGCUCUAAUGGAAAGGAGAAAGCACUGUUUGGUUAAGUGGCGGGACAUAAUGCACGACAAAAGCCCGGCACAGCGAGCCCGGCGGCGGCGCGGCGGCUCCAUCGUGGGAUGCAAACAAGUCAGUCAAACGACGAUGCAGGGGGAGGCCAGAAUCAGGAGGGCAGAGAAAGCAAAGGGAGGAGAGGAGAGCGUAUGAGGAGUGCUGCUUAUUACAGCUGCACAGAUGGUGCAGCAGAUGAGAUGGGAGGGAGAGAUGGAUGCAUAAGGAGGGAGAGCGAGACAGGGAAGGAGAGAAAUGGCAUAAGAGCACAUGUUUGACGGUGUACAUAAGGAGCACCCAAUUGGAGGCUUUCCAAGAGAAACACUUUAAUAUUUAUUGUUCAGUGGCUGGUCGGAAACUUUCUUUCCUCCUCCAAUUCGUCAGCAAGAAAAAUGGCCGAGGAGCCGCCUGUGAAAUAUUAAUUCCAUCGCAGAGAGAAGCUGAAAGUAGGAAAGCGAGAGCGGCAUAUGGUGGGAGAUCCUGAGGGGGAGAACAGCGGGGAAGAACACACGACAGACAAGGGAGGGUCGGGGAGCGAGGACACGAGGAGGAGAAGAAGAAGAAGGAGGGAAAUUAAAUUAUUGGGAGGGGGACUCGCCGGAGCUCAUGAGUCUGCAUCUGCAAGGGAGCGGUAUUUGAAUAGGCCAGACUUUGUGCUUUGUAAGCUCUAAUUCCAGGCAAAGUCAAUAUUCAUUCAGUCUGUCUGGCUGUGAUAAAUGCAAAGGUAAUAAGAGGAAGAUGACAGUCAAAAAAAAAGAAAAAACUCUCACAGUCGAUUCCCUGUAGUAAUCUGCUUCCUGGACCUCAUUGUUCCGGUUUAUUCGCUUAAUUUUAACAUUUAAAUUUAUUUAGUUCCUGAUGGGUUUAAAAUUAUACAGAUCAUAUUAAACAGGAGGAGAAAAGGAAUCACCAGACGAGUAUUGGUUUAAAGUUUUUCACAAUUUCAUUAAAUCAAAGUUCUUCUUAAUUCGACUCGCCGUGAUGAGAGCAAACUCAAAUUUACAUACACCAUCUCUCUCACACUGUAUGUUUAAUUAACUUUAGGUAUUCUAAAAAAAAACCUGAAUCCAUGAUGAUUAGACCCGAGCUCUUUGACUCUCGGCUUCUCCUGCAAAGAUCUCAAAUCAAACAGAGAAAGUUGCUGCAUUUCACACUCUCCAUAACUUCAAAUCUUCUCCAUGAGUUCAACAAUCAACCUCUGAUUGAUGUAACUAGAUUUACAGAGACACUGCAUUCCUGACUUCUCUCUUAAUUAAAGGGGCAGAGCCUGUUUGCUGCCACCUGCUGGCCGGUGGUGUGCAAACAGCUUUUAUACCCACAUGAGAGACUUCGACCAUGUACACACAUAGCCGCGUAUCUGCUAUGACAAAUAUAUUUUUGUAUGAUCCACACGAAGUCGCAUGAAUACGUCAUUAAAACUGUACUUUUGGAAAACUCAGAAAACAGAUUUGUGUUUGUGUGGACGUGGAUAACCAGAG